AUCAGCGAAAGCAGCUUGACAAGGCCAGACAGGAACUCUCUGAGAUGAAGGUGCAGAAUGCCAAGCUGGCUUCACAGCUUGACUUCUCAGCAGAGAGAUACAAGGUCCUCCAGGGCAACAUUGAUGGCUACAGGAAGGAGAUCGCAGCGCUGAGGGACAAGAAUCAACAGUACUGUGCCUCGGUUGUCAAACACGAACAGACCAUCACCCUGCUCCGAGAGGACCUGAUGGCUGCUCAAGAAAAUGCAACAAGACUAGAAGUCCAGAACGACAACCGAAAAGCUGAGUUAAACCUGGUGACAAACUCGGAGCAUAGACUGAUGCAGGAACUGGAGAGUGUCAGGCGGGAACACCUGUCCCAGAACAUGCUGCUCUCUAGUCUGCAGGCCAUACAGAAUAAUCUAGAGCGUGCAGAGUAUGAGACCAAAACUCGUCUGAACAACCAGAUCAGUGCAUAUGAGCGUGAAGUGAACUCCCUGAAGCGAAGGAUUGACGUGCAGUCUGAGGAACAUAGGUCACUGACUCGCAACUGGGAGAGCCUGGUGAAGAAUGUGCAGAUGGAACUAGAGCGUGAGAAGACCAUGGGACAGGACAACAAGACCAAGUUGUCUGAUGCUAACAAGAAUGUCCUGGAACUCAAGCAGGAGCUCUCUGCCACAGAAUCGAAACUGGUUGCAGCUGAGAACAAGUUGGCCCGACUGGGAGAACCCAGAACUACUGAACAUCCACAGACGUCAGCGUCUGCUCCUGUAGUGCAGACAGAGUCUUCUGAACAGGUCAAGGACCUGAGGUCAGAGGUCACCCAGCUCCAGCAACAGGUUAAAUCGUUGAAGAACCAGUUGGAGACAGCAAAGAAGCACGCACAGCAGUACAAGGCCAUCUCAGACAGCGUGGAGGAGACUCUGAAGGAACAGAACAAGACAAGCAAGGAGUUCCAACAAGCCCUGGAGCAGAGAAGCCAGGACUUGAAACAAUCCAAGGAACAGCUGGAGAAGAGAAUUGAAGCAAUGGAGAAGGAGAGACAAGAGCUGCUCAAUGAGAACAUCCGCAUCUCAGAGGAGAGCCAUUCUCUGAAUGCUGACCUGAGGAAACAGUUGGCGAAUCUCCAGAAUGAGAUGGAGGAGGCAGUGCAGAGACGUGAAACCGCCAUCUCCAACGAGGAGGCUGCCAAGCGGGACUACAAGCAACAGGCCGACAUUGCCAUGGAUUCACAGACCAAGUAUGAGAGGGAGCUGAUCCUCCAUGCUGCUGAUGUAGAGGCCCUGACAACCUACAAGAAACAGGUGGAGGAUUUCAACAAUACGCUGUCAGUCUCACAAGAAGCUGCUAAGAAGGCUGAGCAGACUCUUAAGGAAUCCCAGACGUCAUGGAUGGAGCAGGAGCGAAUCUUGAGGGAGGAGGCCAAGCUGCUGGAGACGAGGGUGCAGGAACUGACCCAGCAGAAUGCUGUGCUGCACGAACAGAUGCAGAAGCUGAGCGGCCAGGUGACAACAAUACAGAAGAAGGCCUCAGUGGGCAUGGCCGGGAAAUCAGGGGGCGUGGCAGGCAAGGCUGUGGGCGAGGACUUGGCCAAGUCCUCCGAUCAGUUGCUUGAAGUCGUCAGAUUCUUGCGGAGAGACAAGGAGAUCGCAGAGACAAAGCUGGAGGUGGCACAGGCUGAAACAACUCGGGUUAAUCAGAGGUUUUCCCACCUGGAGAAACAGCUGGAUUAUGCCAACAAGACUCUCACUGAGGAGAGGAGUCGAUCUCAGGUGUCUGUCCAAACUGCAGUCCAGCACGCAGACUUGAUGCGGAAGGUAGAGAACAUGAACGUGUUGACAGACAGCAACAAGCUUCUGAGACAGGAGAGAGACAAGUUGCAUCAGCAGGUUACAAGUCUUGAGGCCAAGACCAAGAAGAUGGAGAGUGACAUCCAGCCCCUCCAGGCCAGCCUCCGCAGUGUGCAGGCUCAACGGGACACGAUCAGUGCCGAGAAGACAGCCAUACAGAACGAGGUGGAGCGGUGGAAGGGACGAACCAAUCACCUCAUCGAACAGGCAAACAAGUCUGACCCAGAGGAACAUCGCAGGAUUGUGCAGGAGAGGGACAAUCUGAAGCGACAGCUAUCCCUGGUGAAUGAGGAAAGACACAAACACAGGGCUGAGUUGUCCAGAUUGAAUGCCAACUUGUCAACUAGUCAGACUGAGGCAAACAGUGCCAAAACACAGAUGACACAGCUGAAUGCACAGAUUGUUACCUUGAAGAAACAGAACGAAGAAAAGCUGCAGGAUGCUGAAGAGAAAAUGAAGACAAUCAACCAGCUGAAGAAGAUCGGUCGUAAAUAUAAGGAGCAGGCUGAGAAUGUUGGCAAGGAACUGGAACAGGCACAGAAGGAUCUGCUGAGCUCCCGAGCCAAGUCAGCCAACCAGGAAGCAGCCCAGCCCAAUAUUGCUGCCAUAGAACAGGCGUCUGCAGAGCUGCGACAGAAGCUGGCCAACAUGGAGAAGGAAAGGGACGAGCUGAAGGUGCAGAUGCAGCAACGGGACACACAAGUCGGUGAAGUGAAGGAGCAGCUGCAGAAACAAACACAGGAACACAGCCAGCUUCAAGAGGCCUGCAACAAGCUGAAGGAGGAGAACUCAGAGUACGAGAAGAAGCAGACGCACUCACGAAGCGUGCUCCAGACCGCCAAGAACAAACUGACCAAUCAGAGAGAGCAGGUGGAAAGACUGACGAGUGAGACUGCUGAGCUGAAAAAGAGGCUAUCCACAGUGGAGACAAGUAAUAAAGAAGAACAGGACCUGCGUCAGGGUAUGCUGAAGUCUCAGUUCGAGGGCCGCAUCAGCCGGCUGGAGAAGGAGCUGCAGGAUGCCCGGGGGGGACAGGGGCCGGGCCUGGCCGACCUGCAGCAGCAGCUGGACCGAGUCCAGCGGGAGAACACAGAACUCCAGGCCAAGAUCGCUGCUCUGCAGAAACAGCUUGAGUCCCAGCAAAAACACAUCAGCCAGCCUGCCUCCAUCGUCACACGACCUGCCGCUACCACCCCACCCAGCACAUCCACGUCUGACCAGGCUCCCAAGAUGGCCAACAUCAAGCCGAUGGCUACAGGCACUACCAGUGUGGGUCAGGCCACACCCAUCCCUCACAGCUCAGCUGCAGCGAAAGCCACAGCUAGCAUCCGACCUAUGGCCAUCGCAGCAACGUCUGUGGCCUCUACAUCCACUGCAACACCUACUGCUACAGUCAUGCCCACAACACUCACAUCACAGGAUGUGGAUGAUGACCUUCCGUCUACAUCUUCCUCCGGACCAGCAGUCACGCCCAUCCCGUCUGUCAGUGUCCCAGGACGACCCCAGCAGGUCCAGAUAGUUGCACCACAGAUCGAGCAGACCCAGCCUGUAGACAUGUCCACAGACCUUGUGGAAGAGUCAUCACCAGCUGCCGCUUUGGAGUUGAUGCAGUCACAGAUACAGCAGCAGCAGCAGCCACAGCAGCAGACACAGGUGACGCCAGUGUCUCCCCACCUGCCAUCCACGUCAUCAGGGACAGUGGCAGACAGUGCAGCUAGUCAGUCGCUAGGGAAGCGACAGAGGGAGGACACAGAUAGUCAAGAGGAAGCAGAAACACAGGCCAAAAGAACAAGAACACAGCAGGGCUCCCCUCUCCCAACCAUCACGCUCACUGAUGAAAACGCCCAGACAGUCCACCUAGAGUCACAGGAAGUCCAUCACCUCCACCAAGCACAGACCGUGGAACAAGAGGAGACACCUGCUGAAGUUGCAGUUGAAAGCGUGUCCCCCCAGAUAGUAGGAGGUUCCCAGUCCGAACCCGCCAGCCUGACACAGCUGGAGGACGUGCCACAGCAUCCCCCACAGGAGCUGUUUGCAGGACCCGAGCAGACAGUCGAUGCCGGGGCAGAGGUAGUGCAUGCUGAUGAAGACAGUGGGGAUGUGAUCAUCCUGAACAGUGAGGAGGAGGAGGGUUGUGGAGAUGAGAUGGAGGACUCGGAUGAAGAGGAGGAGUAUGAUGAAGGGGAAUACGAUGAGGAUGAAGACGAAGAUGAGGAUGAAGAGGCAAUGGCAGAACAGGGAGAUGAGGAGGAUGACAAUGACGUUGUUAUCAUUGACAUUGAAGACAAUGAACAAUCCAUGCCUUCCCAACAGCAGCCUGCAGGCCCAGGACCCGUGAUUCAGCAACCAAUCAUAGCACAGCAUCCUGUAGUAAGUCCACGCCCAACCCCUGCCCUUCAGCCAAUCGUGCAUGGCGAGCGAUUGCCAUCUGUCAGCAUCAGGGCCCAUCUUCCGCCAUUUAUGUUAGGGGGUCAGCCAGGACCAUUUGAAGAGGAGGACUGUACGGUGCCGAGCACGCCCACGCUCUCUGUGCCGAGACGAGCUGAUGGCUUUGCAGAGGCCCUGAAUUCCCCCCAGGUAUCACAGAGGUUUGUGUUUGGUGCCGAGGGCAGUUUGAGCCAGCCAGAACUGGCCCAGCUGGAGUCACAGCGAGCAUUAGGGAUGGACGACACUCGCAUGGAUCUGUCUCAGUUUGAUGAUGGCGGUGGCGGCCGCAGUGUCCCAACAACACCGUUACAGACAUCUGCCCCAGUAGCCCUCCCUGAGGCACAUGUGGAGGCAACGCUGACCGCCCCAGUGGCCGAGGUUGGGCAGCCUGGAGGAGAGGACGUGGAAACAGCUCAGCAAACACAGGAGGCCACUAGAGCAGAGCAGGACCGUGAGGACAUUGAGGAAUCUGCCUUGUUGGAGGGAGACCCACCCCAGGACUCCACACCCAGCACACCUGAUACAGGUGAUACCAGGCCAGAGACAACAGGACAGAAGGAAGCAGCAGAGGAUGAUGGGAGUUCAACAUCACAGGGAGCAGCCGACCCUUCAGGUGGUCCAAAGCCCCGGAUUCAGCGUAUAGUGUGGGAGGGCGAGGGUGCAGCCAAUGCUCCCCAACCUGUCACCUCCACCCCCCAGCCUCAGCCAACACCACCCACGACCCAGCCUGUACGUGGACACCCUGUUCAGCGCCGACCUGGGGGCUACCAACCCCGGCCUCGGGGCCCCCGGAGGGGUGGGGUCAACAUGAGGAACAUGCGGGGGACAGGGCACUGGAGGGGCCGACCAAUGAGAGGAAACUAUAGGUCCCCACAGUUUUAGUGUAUUCAGCACAUCACUAGAACUGACAGACUUUUUGGAUAAUUCUGCUCAAUGAUGCACACCCAUGGAUGCUGCAGUUUGAUCAGUUCAAAAGAAAAGACGAAACGCUCUAGUUUGUUCUUCAGUUGAAUGUACAUCAGCAAAUGUUUAAAUGACAAGGGUAUAUAUUGUGCAGUUGUAGGUUGUGUAUUACUGUGCAUCAUGGAGCCAGCAUCACUAUGGAACUAUGGGCAACCAUGUCUGUACAAUUCCAUUAGUUACUUCUAAAGGUUAAUUACCUUUCAUUGUAAGUGUUUUGUAAUGGUCAAAACAUAUUUGGUCUCUGUAAAACAUGUGUAAAUAUGUACAUAUUAGAUACUGCCAUAAAACUACUAGUUUUAUCAUGUUGUAUUAUGAGACUCCAGCAUUUCAUCAAUGUCCAGACGAACAUGAGAAUUUCACUUUCCUGCACUUCAGCCCAGCAUUUAAUGCUACACAUGUCAAAUCAUAUAUGUUGGUGAAAUCAUUUUGUUUAAGAACCGGUUAUGUGACAAACCCUUGUCUGAUAUAUUAUCAAAUAAUAUUUGCAAGAAAUCAUCAAAUAAACAUGGCUAUUGUAUAAUCA